CAGUUGCUUUAUAUAGUGAGAAACGCAUUGUUGCGUCUAUCCUCAGCUGUUAUUGCGCAACUGUGUGACACAUUUUAUUCUAGAGCUAGGGGACAGCAAGACAAAAGAAAAUUCGGUUCAAGUUGAAGUAAACAAGACAUUAUUGUAUCGCGGCGGAGGUUGUACAGUAUAGAUUUUUCCGGGUGGGGUCGUUGAACAGUUGAGGAAUGCCACAAGAUGACCGUAGGGGUUUUUUUCAUUUUUUUAUUUCACGCCUAAGGGCUAUUUCCUAGUCUGUCCCGGCUAGGAGCUUCCAACUUUCACUAACGAGUGGCGCCACUUCUCAGACAGCAAGUCUCGCUUAGGUAGAAACAUUAUGGCGGAACAUGUUAUGUACUUGAGAGCCUAGCUUCGAUGGCUGUGUUUAGAAAAACUGAUAAUUUCGCACUAAAGACCUCGUCUGACUUGUUUAAUUGAAGGGUGGAAAAAACGGUGAAAAGAGCAUGGCAAAAUUUGAUAGCCCAACACCAAAAUGCAACCAAACAUAUUUGGAUAAUUACUAUCGAUAAAGACAGACUUCCCAUCGAUUCGUGUUGAGUGCCGUGCUAAGUGUUUAUUGAAAGUGUUUUUCUCAUCUUAACGACUAUUUUUGUUUGAAAUUUAUUCUCAUAAGGGGUCCAGUCCGAUAUUGGAUUCGGACAGUGACUUCGAUAGGUGAAAUGCUUCUGUCAAACUCAUUUCUUGGUUAUGACCAAGGAAGGACUGUGUAAAUCCGAUUGAGUUGCUUUUUACAUACAUCCACCCAUGGUGGAAAUUGACAGAAUAAAAAUGACUUCUAAUAGCAGUGCAGCAGUGAAACAAGAGAAGCGAGAUGAUCAGGAAGAGAUUGAUCUACUUGCAGCAAAGAUGGUUGAGGCCAAUCGAGUCAAGAUGGCAAACUUGUCAUCAGCUGCAACAGCUGUUGGACAAGUUGGAACAAGCAGCAACCCAUUACAAGGUGGAGUACCAGCAGCAUCUCGGAUGAUGCCAGGAACUCUACUAGGUUACUUUUCCAGAAAUUCCGCUGGUGUUGGUGCCAAAGAAGUUAUUGACGCCAUGAACAAGGAAAAGCUGAACAAUGCUGCUGCUGUUUCAAUAGAUUUAGAGAGUGCCAAAGGAAGAUUCGGCUGGACGAACUCAUCAGUGCACAUUCCCUAUAUUUACCGAAGGGACGAUAAAAAAUUAUGUUCCGUGCGUGUUUUGGAGCAGUGUAUUGCAAAAAUGUUUACCAAUGUGUUGCGACCAGAACUGUCCGGCUGCGUAUCCAUCCAGAGCUAUUACGUGAGUGAAAUCGAAGCAAGAUUACUGAACGAAAUCAACGUGAAGCACUGUGACUGUCAAUAUGGUAGAGAACUGUUUACCGUGCGUGACCUGAUCAUCAAUUUGGAUGAUGCAUUAGAACUCAUCCAGUUCUUGCAGACUUGUAGAGACAAAUUGGUGCGAAAGUCAUGUGACCCUCAAGACCGGUGCGGAUUUUUCCGUAUUGGUGGAGAAUCCGUUGUACCAUACACAGUGAUCAGUGGCAUCAAGUACGUUCCUCUCUUCUACUUUGAAGGAGAAACGGGCAAUUUGGACAGACGAGCCAUUCAAAUUACUGGGUGGGAUUUGGCCUAUCUAAAGUUGUGUUGUAAAGUUCAAGGAAUCCGGAACGAACUCUUCUCGAACGAUUCUUACUCAGCUGUGAGCGUUGAAGAUAUCAAGCAGCAAUUUCCUGCUCAAACAGACUUGCAGCUUUAUUGGCCCAGCCGUUCUUCGCUCGAUGUACCAAGCAACGGAGCUUCGGGAUCCAGCAACGUUGGCAUCAGCAUGUGGAUAAACAAACCUAGUGGUAGCCCCCCACCCUUACCUGUCAAUAGUAAUACGGCAGCCGUGACGAUGCAAACAAGUUCAGUCAUACAAAAGAAUCCUGCAGCGUCAGCGGGCUCUGCUGCCACAAGACUGCCUUCAACAUCGUCGGCCUCUGCUUUACUUCAUCAAGCGUCGAGUGUUGUCCCUCCAUCUCGGUCGGCUGUUCCAAUUCCUCCCACCUGUACCAAUUCCGCCUUGUACAAUGGUUGGAGUUCCAUGAACUCCUACGCCUCUGUUCAUCAGCAACAACAGAAUGCUUCGAAUAGCACUCCAACUUCUUCAGCAGCAGCAGCUUCUGCCCAUCUGGCCACGGUGCUGCAGUCUCAAUCCGCGGCGGCAGCGAGAGCACACGCUGUAACGGCUAUGCUAAUGCCAAAUAUGCCGGUUCACCAUUCUAGUAUGGGAGCAUUUAACAUGAUGCAAUAUGCCCAGGCUGUUGCAGGCAUGAUGCAGCAGCAGCAAUCGCAACAGCAAGCUCAGUCGCACCGGAAUCAACCUGCACCUCCGCCUCCUCCGCCGCCACCAUCCCAGACCCAUUCUUCAGGGGGAUCUUCUUUAGAUAGCCUACUGCGAGCUAACGGCCUUCACACUGACCACCACAGGCUUCCCCAUGGAUCGUCAUCGACAACGGUGAUGAACCGCUCUGCCUAUUCUAGCAGCCAAUCACCACUGACCGGAGUGGUACCAGGCAGCAGCCCCCACUCCAGAAGUAGCACAGGAGCUUCACCUCGGCCCGGUUUACCUGUUCCAAGUUCGAACUUGGUUCACUCAUCGUUAACUUCAUCUUCCUCCUCUUCGUCGACACCGAAACCACCACCUCCUCCGCUCAUCCCUGUCAACGGAAGCCAUCCUCUUUUUUCGUCUAUGCCAAAUAAUAGCAGCAUGGCUUCUCAAGGUUCCAGUCGACUUCAUCAAUCGUCAUCCGAAACAAACCAACAUGGAAUGUCGCGCUCCUACCACCAGCCUCAGGCGCAGUACGACGUUGCGCAACGACACCACUCUCAGUUGCAACACCAGCCGCUUCUUCAACAGCAACAACAAUCUCCACAACCUCCUCCGUUUAAGCUACAGCUGUACCAGAUAGAAAAUCAAACAGUGCCGUGUGUCAAUAGUCGGCAAUACGUUUACAACAAUUUGAUGAUUGCCCUACCAGACAUGGCCGCUUAUUUAUUUCCUCAUCUGGGACACCAAACGUGUAAGCAAGUACUACAGGACGGUCUGGGAGUUACGCUUUAUGAGGCCAAUCCUCAGCAGUUGCAGGUUUUGAAGUCAGCGGGAAAGGUCAGCAGCGUGAGUAGUCUUGGCGGUGAGAAAAUAUCAUUGGUCAAUGUGCGGGAUGUCGUCCAGUACAUGCCCCAGAUCCGUUACAUGAUGUCCAGGUUGGACGGAGGAGCCGAGCUAAGCCACGCCCAUUCUUCGAAACGGCAACGAGUCAGCUGAUUGGCACCAACUCUUGAAUACGAGUAAAGCCGGUGUUAAUAAAAACCAAGUCGGAUGAACAGGUCAAUCAAGAAACAGAACAAGACAAGCCUGCUAGCCGACUAAACCCCCCCAAAAAAGAAAAAAAAAAGAAUACAGACAUCCCCUUCCCCUUCCUGGAAAAGGAAGAGCCUUCUUUUCUCUCGUCUUACUGGUUCUGCAUGUUUGUUUCUUCGCGCGCCAAUCUGUUUUUUGCCCUACCUUCCCUUCCCUCAAUUGAAAACAAACACUUUAUUAUUCUUGAAUGUGGUUUCAGCUGCUGUUGUUUUCCAUGAGUGAUUGGAGAGAGACAAAGAGAGAAAGAGACCUUUGGAUUUUGUUGUUGUGCUAUCACACGUUGCACUUUGCGACAAAAGGGCCGCGGAAAAAAAGGAUUUGCGUUCCCCGAUGGAAGAAACGAGGUCCCCGUAACCAUUUGUACACACACUACGCAAUCCCUUGUCGUGCAUACCCAUCUGGAGAAAUGGGAGAAUUUUCCUUUUCUUUGGCUAGAGGUAAAAAAGAAAUAUCGUUGUACAGUUUUGUGUGACUUUCAGUGCAAAGUGCGGGCCAUUUUGUUUGUAAAAGUUAUCUUUGCCUGAAAGCACACAACUUUCCGCUGCCUAUACCCGCGUUUUUCCCCUUCCACAUGUUUUCCCCUCUGCACUUGGGCACUCUCCUCAAUCUCGACUUUUCUUCUCUCUUUGUUAUCUCUCGCCUUCACCCAAUAUCUUCUCUCCCCUUUUUUUUUAAAUGUAACGUGAAAGAUGAAAAGUUCGGCUGUUUAAAUUGUUGUACUGAUGAAUAAUGCCAUCGAUUUCCUUAUCUUUUAUGUUUUUAAGUUGCGAAAAACAUUGUCCCAUUUCCAUAUCGCCUCUGCUGAAAAGAGAACAUACACGCGCACAUGCGCGUGACUAUUCUGACAAGUAUUUAAGAAAAAGGGAAAAAAAUCUUUAAAAGAAACAAAAAAAACAAACAACAGAAUUAUAGACCGAAUCUAAUUGAAUAUAAUUAAAAAGGAAAAAAAACAGAUUUGUGUGUGUGUGUGUGGUUUUAUACAUCGACACAUUUAAUCUCUCUUGUUUUUUCUGUAAUUCAGUCCGUUAGAUGGCUCAUGAGAUUUCAUCGCGGAACUUGUCGGCUCAAGUCCAAUUAUUAACGAAAAAUUGAAAAAAUGUUUUAUGCGCUCCGUGAUGAAUUACUUCAUAGUUUCAAAGCCGUCUCUCCGCUGUGUAAAGAGAGUGGCCAAGAUAUCCGGUAUAUUUAUAUCUCGAAUGCGCACAUAAUCAACCUGACUGAGUGGGGGUAAUAUGAUGGAGCGUGGAGGUCUGACAGUUGUGGGUCCCGCAAAGUGGGUCACAUUUCAUUCCCAGCCAACGGACGUUUCGAAUUUUAUGAAAGAUAGCUGAUACAUGGCGCGAUAUCUGGUUGACUUUGGGCAAUAUAAAAUUUCCGCGUGACGAAAACCAAUUGAAAAGUAUCAGCUAGUUCAUUUCCCGAGUUGUACGGUUCAGCUUUCCCUUCAAAGUGACUUUGACCGAUAAACAGAAAGAAGGUAACGCUCAAGUUCACAUGUCUAAUGAAUGAAUCUUAUGCACAUAUACUUGCGUCAGAUGUUCCAGAUCUUUCGAUUGUGUUACGUGUGAAAGAGGCCUUGAACAAAAGGGGCUUAAUGGUUUUCUACAGUUGGUUUUUUUGUCAUAUCCCGUUUGGGGUAAUUCACCAGCGGAACGCCUUAAUGACGACAUAGACCUUUCAUUCUCCACCUGGCCGACGUCGUAGUCAACUAAUUGGGUAUGCGAUGACGUGCUUUUCGACCUUCAUUACAAGGCGGGAAAGAGUAAAAACGCACGAGGGUGUAAACCAAUGGCAAUUGCAGAUUGGAAAGUUGUUGUUCCAUGAACUCUAAACGAAAUACUGAUACGCUACAACAGUGGAAAAGGAGGGACGAGAAUUGCCUUUGUGCGGAAUUGGACACCGCAUGGCUCCAACUCCCACUGUAGGUGUAGGUUAGCUCAGUCGUCAGCCAAUAUUUGAGAGCAGUGUUCUUGGUCUUCCGCUCAAGGGAAGGAAUUCGUUGUCACGAACGCGACGUAAGGAACUCAAGAUCAUAAACGUGAGCGCCUGCGCGAGGGAGUAUAGUUGCUGCUUGUCAAAAAUAGGUCAAGCUCAUACAACCACUUUUCGUCUGCUGCUGUCGUGAAAGUCGGAAAAACAACAACAAAUCCGAGAACGAAAAAGGAAUCAAACAUUCGAUUCGAAGGUCUUUUCAGCAGCAGCUUAUUAUAUUGGUAAUCCAGAAGUAGUGUGUUUUGCAGUGGAAAGGUGGAGAAGGUUGACCUUGACUAGACUAGUGAGUGAGGGCCACUCGAUUCACGAACGUGUAUACGCUCACGCGUAUAGCUUGGUAACGCUUGUGGAAAUAUAAAACCGUCGAGACUUUAUAUAAAAAUGUCUUGAUCCACUGGAGUCAAACUCGGUCGUGUUUUUAUCGAAGCGCCAUGUCUUCAAGGAAGUUUUCCCUCCUUUUCUGUUCGAGUUUGUUGUUGUGCUUCCUCAGUGUUGAUUCUUCUAGUUUGCAUUGCCCAGCAGAUAUUUGCCAGUGUUACGAAAACCAUUUAGAAGAAACAGUUUGGAAUUGCACAAGACUAACAUCAGCCAGCCAACUUUGGAAUGGUGGACAUUUGCCGCUUCAUGGUGACCUUCAAAAAUCUGAACUUGUGCAACAUCUCCUCAUUGCAGAUUCAAAAAUAGAUUUUCCUGAUGAUUUAACUCCUCAUUUCCCCAAUCUCAAGACAUUGGAGCUAUCCAAUAACUUGAUCAUUUGUUCAAAACAUUUGAUUUGGCUACUCAAAUUGAAUGACAAGCUUCAAGACCCAGAAAAUGUCCAAUGUACCUCACCUCAAACUUUUAAUGGAACUCAAAUCUUGAAGGCCUUGCAGUUAAUUCAUGAUGUGGAUGCCAGGUGUCCUGAGCGCUGUGUGUGUGAAUUAGCUCAUGUUCACAAAGAUGAUCAAUAUGUUACAGUCAGGGUUAGCUGUAACAACCUUGGAUUAACAGAAAUACCCAAAACUCUUCCAGAAAAUGUGACCAUUCAUAUGGAUCUGAGCAACAAUAGAAUUGAAGAUGUAAGUGAGCUAACUAAAAAUCCCAGCUACAGCAGAGUGACUGUUUUAUAUCUAGCCAAUAAUCGAAUCCAAUCAAUUUCAAGCUUGGAGGAUUCUGAUUGGAUCAAACAGUUUAGUCUGUUAAGUCUUCAAGGAAACCUUCUAAAAGAAAUCCCUACAGAUGCACUGAAUAAUGUAUUUCAUCAUCAAGACAUCAACGGCGUUCGCAUGCUUCUUAGUAACAAUCCCUGGAAAUGUGACUGCAUUACCAUUACCCAGUUUCAGUCGUUUAUUGCCAAGCACAAACAGCUGGUCAAAGAUGUUAGCAAUGUCACGUGCGGCCCAGCAGAAGGGGAAAGCGCUGGCAAAAAGGUAAUUGCGGUAGAGCUGACCAGCGUUUGCAGCACUGUGGGAAACAACGCUAUAAAUCUAAUGGAUGUGUUAAAUGUAAUCUUGGCUCUUUUAACUCUGGCUACCAUCGGCAAACUCCUUUAUGACUAUUACGCUUAUCGCAAGACGGGGCAACUACCGUGGAUCGCUAGCAAACUGCCAUAAGUUUGAUUAGUUUUUUUUUUAAACAAAUAUGUCAAAAAGCUCUGGUCUAUCCAAAAUAUUAAUUUUUUACACGUGCAUGCAUAGAGUAUAACCAUUUCGCGCUUGCAGCUCAAUUGUUUCAUAAAAUUUUGUUCUACUUCAUGGUACAAAUUAAGUUUUUAUUCUUUUGCAAAAUUUUGUGACGUAUUUACUUGUUAUUUGUUGCUCCAGCGGCCAGCGCCUUUUUACCGGUUAUUCAUUCGUCAGUGUCGUGUGUGUCUAUUUGUUGCCUCACAUCUUUCUUGUCAAUCAAAAUUUUUUUUUAACAUGAAAUAAUACAAUUUAGUCAGCUGGCGACUGGUAUUUUAAAA